UGGCAUUAUUGCACUUAUCGAUUUUACCGAUAACAAAAUCAGCUGUUGCAUCACAUAUAUAUAUAGAGUGGAUGCGUUUACAAAACAAUUGAUUGUUUAUUUUCGAAUUAAGCGGAAGUUUGGGUAAACUUCGGUUAAAUUUCCACAAUCAUAAUGCCACUUCAAUGCCGCACCUGCGGAAGCAUCAUCUACAAUAAAAUGCCCAAGAAUCUCUUUCAUAUUGAGAACGAGCAGAUGCUGCAAAACAUAAAUCUUGUAACUGGCACAAUGCUCCACAAUGAUCCAAAGCUGCCCAGCUGCAUAUGCGCCUGCUGUACGCUGGACUUGAACCAAGCAAUUGUGUUCCGGGAACGGUGCAUCCAAACACAAGAGCAACUCGUCCAGCGGCGUAAAUUUCCCAAAGUAAGGGAACCAACUGAGGAUGAUGAGGACUGUCUACAAUAUAAGGGAGAACAUGAAACGGAGCAGAUGGCAUCGCCGGCGGAUGAGCUGAACGAUCCAUUUGGGGAAGUCGAUGAAUACUUUGAGGAAUCCCCAGAGUAUGGGGAUAGUGAUAUUAAUGCACAUGAAGAUCUGGAUGAGGAUCAAUAUAUUGAAUCUGUUGAAGAUGUCGAUGUGCUGCAAGAUACGAAUGCAGUUCAGUUGGAAGCAGCCGAGGAGGUUUUUCAAGAUGCCGAAUCCCUAAUCUCAAGUGUACAAAAAGAAUUUGAGAGUAUUUACAACGACGACAGUAACUCGGACAACAAGGAAUUCAUGGAGGAUCAAAACGAUUCCUAUUUCUAUGAAACUAUGAAUGACUGCGAAGUAUCGUCGAACCCAAAUUCACCACAGCCCGAGUUAAAGAGUGCGGGAGGUCGGUCCACAGCAAGCAGUGGCUCAACGAAACCCAGACGGAAGAAACAGUACGUUACGUGGAAAAACAUGACUGAGGAACAGAUUAUAGAGCGGAAGCGGCUGCAGCGUAAACGCGACUGUGUUUGCGAACAGUGCGGCAGGCACUUCACCGACCAGAGCAACUUCAAGCUGCACAUGUUGCGGCACACGGGCAAGAAGAACUUCGUAUGCCAGCAGUGCGGCAAGCGGUUCUACACCGAUCAUCUCAUGACGCUGCACCACCGGAUCAUUCACCAGGGCGAAAAGCCCUACGCCUGCCGGUUUUGCAACAGGUCAUUCCAUAACAGUAACACUCGCCUUAUCCACGAAAGGAUUCAUACCAAUGCCAAACCUUACAGCUGUCAUCAAUGCGACAAAUGUUUUAAGUCAGCUUCCGGGCGCAAGCGGCACGAACUAAUUCACUCGGGAGUGCGGGCUUUUACCUGCACCAUCUGCAACCAAUCCUUCCAGCGCAACACUCACUUAAAGGCCCAUCUGCGAUCCAAGUUUCACACUGCAAAAGCGAGAACUAUGGGUGUGGAGGAACAGCUCUUAUAAACUGAUGUAGUGUUUUCUUGAAAAACAAGUAUUUAUUUAUUUAUUUAAAGCUAAUUUAAAGUAUAAAACUAUAAGGUAACUGAGAACUAAGAGCAUUAGCAGCUAAGGCCUUCCGCUCGUCUGGGGUGACAAUGGUUUGUACAGAGUGAUAGAAAAAUAUAGUUUUAUAUUUUAUGAA